CAGGAAGCUGCUUUAGGAUCAGGUGCUGAUGGAGGCUGGUGGCCUGCCAGUGGAGCUGUGGCAGUUCAUCUUAUCCUACCUGCACCUCCCUGACCUGGGCCGCUGCAGCUUGGUCUGCAGGGCCUGGUACAAGCUUAUCCUCAGCCUGGACAAAACGCACUGGCGGCAGCUCUGUCUGGGCUGCCUUGAGCAUAGACACCCCAACAGGCCCAACCAGCCCAGCGUGGAGCUGCGGUCCUGGAGAGAGGGCUUCAAACAGCACUACCUGGCCUCCAAAACCAGGACCAAAAACAUGCAGGACCUGGAGUCCUCCAACUGCCUCUCCCUCUUCUGGAGGAGGAAGGGCUGGCGCCAGCUCUGCAUCAGCACAGGGGGUGAGUUCGGCAGCCUCCAGACCACCCUGGCUGCCGCCAGCCCCUAUGACUGCCUUGUGCUGCUGCCUGGCAUGCACGAGGAGCAGGGUGAGGUGCUGCUGAAGGUGCCCAUGGACGUCAUGCGGCAGGACAAACUGGAUGAUGUGGCACUGCUAGCGAGCAUCAACCAGCACUGUCCCACCGCCUGCCUAUGCAACAUGGUCUUCAUGCUGGCCCACUUCACCUCGGUGGUCUACAAGACAACCUCAGGCUGUGUCCAGUUCGACAGUUGCAACUUCGAGUUGCAGAUUCACGCACCAGGGACAUUCUGCACCUUCAGCCAGUCCAGCAUCCACCUGCACAGCGUGAUCCUCUGCAUCCUGGAGAACUGUGACUUCACCGGCAGUGAGAAUGCUUCUGUAACUGUGGAGGGCUGCCCAAGCUCUGACCGUAACUGGGCCUGCAAGCACCUGGCCGUGCUAACCAAGUCCUGUGUAGCGUACAUGAGGGAGCCCGACAGAGCUGGCUGCCCAGUGGCCAAGCAGGAUGACUGGUGAGAAUCGCUGGUGGGACCAAUGAGAACAUGCGAGAUUGUCGUAGGGGAAGAACAAAGCAGCGUCCUCUCUGCUAUGGGUGCUCAAGCCCUGCUUGGCUUAGCCCAGGAGGACACUGAAAUCGGACAGAACCAGUGGGCAGCAAAGGAGGAGGAGUACCCGGCCCUUAACUCAAAUUCCAGUGACAGUGACUUACACAGCGAUGAUGAAGAGAAUGCUCAGGCUGUGCAUAAACUGCCCUACCAAGCCCGUAGCCCGAGUCACAUGCUUGCUGACACUACGCACAGCAGGCUUCAAAGCAAUAGACUGCACGCCCUUCAGAGGGACCUUAAGCUCAAAUCUCUGCAGCAGGACAAGGAGGCCCAGUCUUUGACCAACUCUCUGCAAGGCUGCAUCAUCCAACAGUGCCUUUUCAGGGACGGGAAGGGAGGAAUACUCAUUUAUUCAUGAGGGCAAGCAAAACUGCAAGGAAGCAUCUUCAGGGAUCUGACCUACGCAGUGCGCUGCACACAAAACAGUAAAGUUACCAUGCUAAGGAAUGACAUCCACCAUUGCAAAGCAUCGGGGAUAUUCCUGUGCCUGUCAGCAGGAGGUCUGAUUGCAGACAACAACAUCCAUUCAAACUGUGAGGCCAGAGUGGACAUUCGUAAGGGAGCCAACCCCCUUGUUCUGUGCCAUAAGAUACACAGUGGUCUUCACUCAGGCAUUGUUGUCGUUGGCAAUGGAAAAGGCAUCAUCCAUAGCAAUCAGAUCUAUGGGAAUAAAGAAGCUGGCAUGCAUAUUUUGUAUAAUGGAAACCCUGCUGUGAGUGGGAACCAUAUUUUCCAGGGACUGGCUGCUGGAAUAGCAGUGAAUGAUAACGGGAGAGGCCAAAUCACAGGGAAUGUCAUCUGCGAGAACUAGUGGGGCAGGGCGGACAUCUGCUAUGGGGGCAACCCCAUUCUCAGGAACAAUCUUAUCUAUCUCCUGAACUACUCAGAUGGCGUGGUGGUGGGUGAGUGCAGGAAGGGCCUCAUCGAAGGAAAUGCCAUCUAUGGCAAAAAGGGCUGCGGUGUGUGGAUGAUGUCCUCCAGCCUCCCACACCUCAUCAACAACCAGAUCAGCCACAACAGCAUCUAUGGGUUGGCAGUGUUCUGCCACAAGGACAACGCUGGUGACUACUCUCCUGGCCAGGGGGGUAGCGAGAGCUUCCAGGAGGAGAGGGAGGGUGUGGCGACCCUGACAGUGGAGUACACGGCUGCCUGGCGUCCUAUCAGCGUGGUGCUGGUAGAGUUGAACAGCAUCAACCACAACGGAGCUGCUGAGUUGCACAUCAAGAGCAGCAAAGCACGCAACAUCAUCGCCAAUGUAAUUCACGCCAACUGCAAUGGCAGGGUGGGGGUGCUGCAGAGCAGCCAGCUGACACGCAUUGCAAAAAACAGCAUUUCCUGCAACAGCCGGGGAAUCAUGCUGGUUGAGGCCGAGUGCUAGGUGGAGCUGCACAGCAACAGCAUCUAUGAGAACAACAGCCAUGGCAUCGUCUCCAAGGGAGAGGGCGUCAUUGCUGAGAAUGACAUCACCAGCAACCACAGGUGUGGCCUUCAGGUGCUCCAGGCAGCGGAAAUGAAGGUGUGACUUGCGAAGAGCUGAGGGGGCACUGAUUUGUCCGUCCCUGUGGCCGGGGACAGAGGUGAGAGAAAAUAUAUUUUGUGACCAAUGUCAAAUGCAGAGGAUUGCAUCAUCCAAAACAAUGUGCUUCUCACCUUCAAGAAAAGGAGGUGCCCCGGGUCCUGUACAGUGGCUGGUGGUCAGAGAGUUUCCAGCAUAACCACCAGGGUGGAUGGGGGCUGCCACAACCAUGGGAGCAUCUUCUGCACCAUUGUUUGA